AUACAGUUUUUUAGUUGGGUUCAAAGAAAGUUUAAUGGAAAAAAGCAUGAGUCAACUUCAGAUUCUUCUCAAGAAUCAUCAGGCCCUGAUUUGAGUAAAGACCUCCAAAGUUGGCCACAGGACGAAGCAACCUUCUUAGCAAUUGGAACACUUGGAAACAAUAUCUGCUCUAAGGAAGAAGAAGAAGAAGCACAUUCUAGCAAAGAUCUCACUGCUAUUAAUACAGAUGUUACUAUUGGGAAGAAGAAAUCGCUCUCUUUUCUUCUCAAGAAGAUGUUUGUUUGCACAAGUGGCUUCAAAACUCCACCUCCUCUUCUUGAUUUGUCUAGAGGAGAUUCAUUGCCCAAUACACGAAUGGAAAAGAUGCUUAGGACAAUACUCAACAAGAAGAUACAUCCACAACGUUCAAAUGCUAUUGCAAAGAAGUAUUUGGAGAAUCAUAAGAUUAUAGAUGAACCUCGUUCAAGUGUUGACGCGAACAAAUGGGUUAAGACUGAUUCUGAAUAUAUUGUCUUGGAGAUGUAG